GAUUGUUCUUCAUUCAAAUAAAAAUGGCUGACGAUCAAGAGCAGCAAGUUCCAGUGCAAAAUGUGGAAGAGCCGUUAGAUCUGAUUCGACUUAGUCUUGAUGAAAGAAUUUACGUGAAAAUGAGAAAUGAGCGAGAAUUACGUGGAAGAUUAAAUGCAUACGAUCAGCAUCUGAACAUGAUUCUUGGAGAUGUUGAAGAAACGGUUACAACAGUGGAAAUUGAUGAGGAAACAUUUGAGGAAAUUUACAAGACCACAAAGAGGAACAUCCCCAUGCUGUUUGUUCGGGGGGACGGGGUUAUCCUGGUCUCACCUCCAAUGAGGACCGGGACUUAGAGGAAAUGGAUUUGUGUUCAAAAUUCAUCAACCAUUUAUGUACAUACCAAAACUGUCCAUUGAUAAUCAUUAAAAUGACAUACAACACACUAAA